GAGCAAGGGAGUCACGGGGGGAUGCAGAAGCGCACGGACCCUUCCCCGCUCGGGUGGGGACCUCGGCGAGGCCGGGCUUACCUUUCAGCAGCACCCUCCAGGGGUCUGGGCCCAGCCUCUGCAACCUUGUCGCACCAGAUCCCUCUGGGCUCCUCAGGACUACACGCCAGCUGCCUAGACCUGUGGAGGGAAAAGAAUGACCAGCUAGUUCGACAGGCCAAGGUGGCUCAGGACUCGCGUCAGUUUCUGAGAGGACAGCAGCUGGCCCAAGAUGUGCUGGAAGGAUUCAGGGGACUCCUGCAUAGCCUGCAGGGUCUCCCUGCAGCUGUUCCUGUUCUCCCCUUGGAAUUGACUGUUACCUGCAAUUUCAUUACCAUGAAGGCAAGCCUGGCCCAGGGUUUCACUGAAGACCAAGCACAGGAUAUCCAACAGAGCCUGGAGAGAGUGCUGGAGACCCAGGAGCAGCUUGGGCCCAAACUGGAAUGUGGGCUCAGGGGGCUGUGGGACUCUGUUCUCCAUUAUUCCUCUGUUCUGCUGGAGCUACUCCCUGCCCUUCACCACCUGGCUGGCCUGCAGGCUGCCCUGUGGCUAAGUACUGACUGUCUUGGGGACCUGACCUUGCUGCUGCAGACCUUGAAUGGUAACCAGAGUGAGGCCUCUGAGGAUCUGCUGCCCCUUCUGAAAACUUGGAGCCCCCCAGCUGAGGAGUCAGAUGCUCCAUUGACCUUGCAGGAUGCCCAGGGCUUAAGGGAUGUCCUUCUUACAGCUUCUGCCUAUCGCCAAGGCCUCCAGGAAUUGAUCACAGGAAGCCUGCCCAAGGCAUUGAGCAGCCUGCAAGAAGCAGCCUCAGGUCUGUGUCCACGGCCUGUGUUGGUCCAGGUGUACACAGUCCUGGGGACCUGUCUUCGUAAAAUGGGCAAUCCACAAAGAGCUCUGCUGUACUUGGUUGCGGCCCUGAAAGGGGGAUCACCCUGGGGUCCUCCGCUUCUGGAGGCUUCCAGGGUAUAUCAGCAACUGGGGAACACAGCAGCAGAGCUGGAGAGUCUGGAGCUGUUGGUUGACGCCUUGAGUGUCACUCACAGUCCUGAAGCCCCCCAGCUUCUUAUUGAAGUAGAGUUACUACUUCCUCAACCUAACCCAGCCUCACCCCUUCACUGUGGCACACAGAGCCAGGCCAAGUACCUGCUAGCAAGCCGAUGCUUACAGAUAGGAAGGGCAGAGGACGCUGCAGAGCAUUACUUGGACCUGCUGGCUCUGUUGCUGGAUGACUCUGAGCCAAAGUUCUCCCCACCCCCAUCCCGUCCAGGGCCCUGCAUGCCUGAGGUGUUCUUGGAGGCGGCAGCAGCACUGAUCCAGGCAGGCCGAGCACAGGAUGCCUUGACCGUAUGUGAGGAGCUGCUCAGCCGCAUGUCAUCUCUGCUUCCCAAGAUGCCCCAGCUGUGGGAAGAUGCCAGAAAAGGAACCAAGGAGUCACCACACUGUCUAUCCUGGGUCUCUGCCACCUACCUGCUUCAGGGUCGAGCCUGGGUGCAGCUGGGGGCCCAAAAAGAAGCAAUUAGUGAAUUUAGCCGGUGCCUUGAGCUGCUCUUCCAAGCCACACCUAAGGACAAAGAACAAGGUCCUGCUUCCAGCUGUGAGCAGGGGUGUAUGUCAGAUGUGGCACUGCAACAGCUUCGGGUAGCUGCCCUGAUUAGUCGUGGACUGCAAUGGGUGGCCAGUGACCAAGAUACUAAAGCCCUACAGGACUUCCUCCUCAGUGUGCAGAUGUGCCCAGGUAAUCGAGAUGCUUCCUUUCACCUGCUUCAGACUCUGAGGAGGAUGGAUCGGAGGGAUGAGGCCAUUGCUCUCUGGUGGAGCCUGGAGGCCCAAGCUAAGUUGCCACAGGAGAAUGCUGCAUGGUCUCUCCCCCUGUACCUAGAAACCUAUUUGAGUUGGAUUCGUUCCCCUGACCGUGAAACCCUUCUUGAGGAGUUUCAGACAUCUCUGCUGGAACCUUGUGACCUGUAGCUGCCAUGUUUUUAAAAGCCUGAACUGCGGCCCAUUUCUCCAUGGGGAGGGCUUUCUGCUUUACCAAUUUUGGGGAAUAUGGGUGAAACUAAUCAUUCCUAUAUAAAUCUGGCACUGAAGAGGUUGGUAGUAGUCUCGCCAAAUUUGGCCUAGUUACUGCCAUUCUGGUUCCAGAAGAAACCCUCCUUGCCACCAAAAAGGCAAUGACUUUGCUUAUGAUGCCUUUUUUCCUGUUUCUCCUUUUCUUGUGUUGAGUAAAAUCUCAUAUUUAUCUCUUGUUUGCCUGCUACAUCUACUUGAGUGGGAAGGCUCAGAGCUAUCUGAUUCAGUUGAGUGCUGGUUGUCUAAGAUACCCUCUCCCAACAUCGUCUACCUUAUGAGGUUGAGUUCUUGGUGGAAGAAAGGGCUACAGGAAUCCUUGCAGUGGCUUUGGUUCUUUCUGUUGCCUAAAAGCCACAGAGUCCCAAAGCCCAGGAUCUGUGUAAGGUGACAGAAUGAGUGGAGCUGGGUCUGGAAGGUGGUCUGGGUAGGCCUCUCGGGACAAGGGCAGGUAUUUGAGUCUUAGAGGGGAGGGACAAGCAUACCUCUGAGUCUGAGUGACUCCUCACUCCAAUCCCAAAUUCUAGAAAUUGGGGAUUUGACUAAGUCAACCAUGUCUGUGUGGCUAUGGGGUGGAGGAUUAAUUAAAUCAACAUGCUACCAAAGCUGAUUAUUUUAUUAUUUUUUUUAAAGUAGGCUCCACACCCAAAGCGGGGCUCAAACUCACCACUUGGAGAUCAAGAGUCCCGUGUUCUACCAAUUGAUCCAGCCAGGUGCACACACCCCUCCUUUUUUCCCCAAAGCUGCUUAUCGCAUUUAGUCAGGUCUAGCCUGCAUUUGGAACCCAAGAACUUCAAGUCUCAUAAUGCAAUUUUCUUGCUGCUUUGGGUUCUAUUGAAUCUACUGUGUGUUCUGCGGUUGAGAAACUGUAAAGCCUAUAGGACUAGGGUUACCAGAGGGUGCCAAGACAAUACAGUGGAGUGGAUUAAGAGCUGAGGUGCUAUUCAGACGGUUCAGAGUAGGGGUGGCUGGAACCAGCAUUUUGAAGGAGUAAGGCGGGGGGUUAGGGUGGAUCCUUAGAUUUAGGAAGAAGAUGGGAUUCUUCUUCCUGUGUAGAUUAUCAUUGCAACAGGACUAGACUAAUGCAAGGGUUCAAUCCAUUGUGCCAGGUUCUUCAGCAGGAUAAAAUCAGGAGCCAAUGAACUGGAGCCAAGUAGGAGAGUCCGCCUCCCAGGGAUUAAAGGCUCUUCUUUCUCCAGUCGAUCUGGCUCCGUCCUUUUCGUUGAUUGGUCGCGAGUUCCAAUCCGUCGAGGAAGCGUACCGCAGCGGCCAAUUGACGUGGCGUUACUAGGCGUGUUGCAUCCCUGAGGCGGGAGCCAGGCC